ACUUUGCCAAAAGAAGAGACAACCGACCAAUCAGAGAUGUUACUCUUGUUUUGAUGCGGGAAGUUUAGAAUUUCCUAACCGACUGGUAUUUUUGCUUCUUCGUCUGUGAACUUGUGCUUAACUUUUACGGUGACAUGAUUCUUUGAUAUUUUGGUUUCAGUGUCAAGGCGAAAAGGACGCUAUCUGACUCACACAUUGAUGUAAUUGGUGCUACUUGCUUCGAAUAGCCUACUGUCAGUGUCAAAACAACUCGUCAAUGUGCAAGAAACAACCAGUCUUGUCGUGAAAUGGCAACCGUAAGGUUAAUGACAAUGUAUGAAAGUGAAGCGGUGGACGUGUAUUAUACAGAUGGUUCUCGAUUGUAUGUAUCCCCGUGUGGUUCCGAGUUUGUGUUGGAGAAAGCCCUACCCCAAGGCGCACACCCCCUACAAGCAGGUGAGCGGAUCCGUCAGAGGACUCGCUUCGCUAUCAGUGACUACAAGGCGCUAUUGAAAGAUGCUCUUAAGUUCAGAAACAAGUAUGCAACACAUCCAUAUUUACCCGAGGAACUAAUUUCCACCAAUCAGCAGAAGUGGAUCCAUCAAAAUAUCUCAGAAAUUACUUGGCCAGCAGAAAGCUCCCUUGAAACAACCCGAACAAAUCAGGAAACCAUCCUCAAGUCAUCUGACGGUAUGGGCAGACUGCUUCUCUCUGUGUCUGGGGAAGAAUUCCAUGUGGAGUUCUACUGCAUGGCCAGCCAGAGAGAGGGUCUAAAGCACUCCGUAGAAGAGUAUUCAUCCAAUCAAAACAAGACCCACAUGGCACACCUGUCUACAACAAGAACGGAUGAAGUUACAAGAGAUGGUGAACCAAAUGGUUGUACCAAAAAUGGACCUGUUAUACCAAGUACAACUAUGGAGACCCAGAAUGCAAGGCCUGGGCAGGGCUAUCUUUUCACAACUGUUGUUCAACACCACUCUUGUGCCAGUUAUCCACCAAAAUGGCACUAUCCUCUGACUUUAGCCAUCAGACAGUGGAGAACACAACAGGAAAAUCCCACUGAAAAUGGCAGUGUUGCAACACCAGAGGCAUUCGAUAGCCAGACUUGCCAAACCCCAUGUACAGAUGUCACUCCUGGAGUGAAGUCCAGCCUUCCAGAGUCUCUUCCUCUAAGAUGCAACUCUCCUCACAUGCACAGGUGGAACUCCGGAUCCUCACCACUCAAUGAGCAGCCGGAUGAAGCCACGGCAACGGAACUGGUCAAAGUGUUGUGGUGCCAAGGGGUUAUUUAUCGCAUUAUUUGUGGAACGGUUCCCAUCAUAGAGAUUUCUCCUGGUGAUGGGUCAGUGAUCAGAUCUAAUGGAGUGUUGGCAUCCUACUUCACCCAUUACAAAGCAGGAUGCGGGUUGGAUGAUAGGAUGGAGAUCACCUACUUCUUGAGUAACCUUCCUCCAGACAUCCCGGGACAGAAAUACUCUGUGUCUUCAGUGGUGACGCGUGCUAACAGGGUUUUGGAAUGCUACAACCAAGCUAGGGACUCUCUCAAACUGACCCAAAUGAACUGCUGUUGGAGGAAGGAAGUGACAUCACCAGAGCCUCUGAAGCUGGUCCAGGAAGCACAUGUGGCAGACUGGGGUCAUUUCCUGGCGUUUUCCGAUGGGAGCGCUGAGGCGCUUUUCCUGGACGGGGUCAAGGUUCACUCCACGUGGAAGACCAGCGGUACUGCGCCAGCACAGAUGGUGGAUCCCUCCAGCUGGAGUCAGCUGACUAUGCCAAAUGGACACCAGCUGUUACUGCAGUCACACACUCCAGGGCCAUAUAAAAAAUAUCUAUCAAUGACAGCUGAAUGGUGUAGCUGGGUUGCACAGACAUGUCUCAGCCCAGAUCAGGCUUGCUCUACACAAUCUGCCAAUGUGGAAAGUAACCAAACUGCACAAAGCAGAUCUGUUGUAGCAGAACUGGAAAAAAUCAAAAGGCUGAAUUUUCUACUGGACAACAGUCACCUUAUCACAACUCACACAAGCUCCAAAGUGCCACCAGAAGAUUCUAGAAUGCCUGGUGACAUCACACACAUGGACAGUGAGGCCAGCAUCUCUGAGGCCCUGCGGAAAACCUCACAAGCCAUAAGAGACAUUGACACCCUACUCUCACACAAACAAUAUACCAGCAAUAAUCCAGUAUGAACAGAUGAUAGUUUAUAAUCCAUCUUUAAAGGCAUCAGAUGUUUA